AUGCUUGCCCCCAGCAGAGCGAGGGCCAUCGCGCCCUCGUCCGUAGUGACAUUACCCUCCUUUCUUGUCCCGGCCUUCCAGAACUGUGCGCCUGCACCAGCUGCGCGGCGGCAGUUCUCUGCGUCGACCUCGAGGCCCUCGAAGCUGGGCCGCACCCCGAUCUCCAUCCCGCCCGGCGUCGAGCUUACCAUUGGCGAGCCAUACAUCUUGAAGGACUUCACGACAUACAAACAGACUCCUAGGAGGACAGUGACGGUGACAGGACCUCUGGGAAAGCUCGACCUCAACGUGCCUCCGUUUCUGAAGCUCGACCAUGACCCUUCGGCCAGGAGGCUAGCCCUCAACAUCGAGGACAAUGAGCAGAAGCAACAGAAGGAGAUGUGGGGCACGACAUGGGCAUACAUCCAGCGGUACAUAAUCGGCGUGUCAGAAGGGCACACGGCCGUGCUGCGGCUCGUGGGAAUCGGCUACCGAGCGUCCAUCGACAAGCGACCCACGCUGGAGGAGUACCCGGGCCAGGACUUCGUGUGCCUGCGGUUGGGCUUCUCGCACCCGAUCGACCUGGGCGUGCCCGAGGGUGUCAAGGCGUCGACGCCGCAGCCCACGCGCAUCCUGCUCGAGGGCAUCAACAGGGAGAAAGUGAUGCAGUUCGCGGCGGACAUCCGCAGGUGGCGAGUGCCGGAGCCGUACAAGGGCAAGGGCAUAUUCGUCAACGACGAGACGAUCAAGCUGAAGCAGAAGAAGAUCAAGUGA